CCAAGAAAACACUGAAAGAAUCUUACAUUAGAAUUCCAGUUUUAUUCAAUUCAUCCACGACUAUCACAGUUUAUUCUCGUUUCUAAACAAGUACACUAAUUUUUGUCGAAAGACAUCUCUCUGCUUCCAUUUUUUUCUCCUUUGAAACUAGCAGGUGGGAGAAUAAAAUCAAGCUUCCCGGAAUCUCUCUUGCCCACUCAAACAAAGAAGGCGGGAAUUCGUUGAACGGAUAUGAUACAAGUAGAAGCAACGUAUCACCUGUCAAAAUCAUCCAUAACUUUCCAACAAAGUGGAAACCAGUGGAAACAACUCCGAAGUAAAGUAAAGAUUGUCAUCAUCAGCGCUUGAAAUUCUUGAUCUGGUUCAGUAAAAGGAGGGUUUCUCAAGGCUAGUUUUUGAAUGGGCUACAUGGGAGACUAUAGUAUGUGUAUUUGUUUCCCCAAAAAAUUCGGGGUCACUGAGGUAGGACCUCCGGCUGACGUGAAGGAUGCUUUCAUGGCGUACGCCGCCGGAGGAGGAGGUUCCUGCAUGACGGUGGAGCAGCUGAGGCGGUUCUUAGUGGAGGUUCAAGGUGAUGUCGAAGCUUCAAUGGAAGAUGCUGAGAGGGUUGUGGAGGAAGUGCUUAGGAGGCGUAACAGUGGAAAGUUUACAAAGCUGGGUUUAAGCCUUGAAGAUUUUCACUUUUACUUGUACUCCGAGAAUCUCAAUCCUCCUCUCCUCGACCAGGUUCAUCAAGACAUGACAGCCCCACUGUCCCAUUACUUCAUAUACACGGGUCACAAUUCAUAUUUGACUGGAAAUCAAAUUAGCAGUGAUUGCAGCGAUGUUCCAAUCAUAAAGGCUCUAAAGAGAGGUUUAAGAGUAGUGGAACUUGAUUUAUGGCCAAAUUCUACGAAGGAUGAUGUUCUUGUUCUUCAUGGAUGGACUCUGACUACUCCAGUAGAGCUGACUAAAUGUUUGAGAUCCAUUAAAGAGCAUGCAUUCUCUGCAUCUCCAUUCCCAGUGAUCAUUACUUUUGAAGAUCACCUUACGCCAGAUCUUCAAGCUAAAGUUGCUCAGAUGGUGAUGCAAACAUUUGGGAACAUGUUGUUUUAUCCGGAAUCUGAUUGUGUGAAAGAAUUCCCUUCCCCAGAAGAACUGAAACAUCGAAUUAUCAUAUCGACUAAACCCCCGAAAGAAUACCUUGAAGAUAAGAGCUUAUCAAACAGAAGAAGUAACUCUCAGAAAGACAAAGAUUCCGAUGAAGAUACGUGGGGGAGAAUGUCACCAGACCUCACAUAUGAUGAUCAUAAGAGUGACUGUGAUACGAGUGAACAAAGUCAAUGUGAUGGCGACAAUGAAGCCUGUUAUCGGCUAUUGCGGCCGUCGGGAGCACUGGCUUACAAGAGUGUAAUCUCCAUUCCAGCUGGAAAGCCCAAGGGAAAGCUGAGGGAGAAACUAAAAGUUGAGAAUGAUAAAGUAAUACGCCUAAGUUUGGGUGAACUAAAGUUCGAAAAGGCUAUCGCCUACCAUGGAACAGAGGUUGUAAGGUUCACUCAAAGGAACAUUUUGAGGGUAUAUCCCAAGGGUACUCGAGUUAAUUCAUCAAACUACAAUCCCUUAAUUGGUUGGUUGCAUGGAGCUCAAAUGGUUGCAUUAAACAUGCAGGGAUAUGGAAAGCCUCUAAGGUUGAUGCAUGGGAUGUUUAGAUCCAACGGAGGGUGUGGGUACGUAAAAAAGCCAGACUUUCUGAUGAAUGUGGGUCCAAAUGAUCAGGUUUUUGAUGCUAAAGCAAAGCUGCGAGUGAAGAAAAUCUUAAAAGUAAAAGUAUACAUGGGAGAUGGAUGGCAUUUAGAUUUCAAACAAAGGCAUCUCAAUCUUUGGUCUCCACCAGAAUUCUAUACUAGGAUCGGUAUAGCAGGAGUUCCGGCAGAUAAAAUAAUGAAGAAAACAAAGAAAAGAAAGGGCAAUUGGACCCCGGUGUGGGAUGAAGAGUUCACAUUCCAAUUGACAGUACCGGAAAUAGCUUUACUUCGAGUUGAAGUUCAUGCAUAUAACAUGUCCGACAAAGAUUAUUUCGCCGGCCAAUCAUGUUUCCAGGUGUCCGAAUUAAGACCGGGAUUCAGAACUAUGCCUCUGUUUAGCCGCAAAGGAGAGCAGUACACUUCACUCCGGCUUCUACUACGCUUUGAGUUUGUCGACGUAGAUAUUUAGCCUUUACAUGAUACAAUACCUCCCCAAACUUAUGAUAUAUGGUCAUGCAAAUGCAAUAUAUAGUCAUAACACAUAUAUACUAAUCUUCUCAAACAAAAACCU